AAUCUUGAUCAUGUAGCGAUUAGAUUGUAUUUUCAACUCUUAAUCAACAUUCAAUUUAUUUUGUUAUUAAACAAAAAAUUAAUCAUUUUUUGGAUUUAUUUUAUUCCCACUAUCUCCAAUUCAGCUUAUCACAUCAUUGAUGAUUCAUCAGUAUGGCACUCAAUAUGGUAGUUCAGAGAUUCCAACGGUUGUACCUGAAUCCACAAGAGGCCAAUAUCUGGUUCAAAUUUCGAGAUGAGAGUGUUCCCGCGCACAAUGUAAUUCUCACAAAAAUGACCCCUUGGCUGAAUUCACUCUUCAACGGCACAAUUCCUUCAGGUGAUGAAAUCGAUAUGACCGAUUCCGGUGUUUCUGUCGAUGCAUUUAAAGAAUUCUUGCGUUUCAUUUAUGUUAAAACCGUUAAUUUAACAUUCGAAAACAUAGAAGAAGUAAUGGAUUUGGCCAAACAGUCAUUGAUCGACGAAUUUUUCGCUGAAUGUGAAGAAUUUCUAAUAAAAAAUAUUGCAAACGACACAAUGUGUUUUGCUUAUGAGCUGGCGCUACUCUAUAAUGCAAAUCGUCUGAAAAAAGUGUGUGAAAUACAAAUUGCCAGGUUAGCCGAAACUGUAUUGAAAAAUGAAAGUUUCCUGAAAUUUCGGUAUGAAUUUCUGUUGAAUAUUUUGCACUGCGACAUAUUGGCUUGUUCUGAGGUAGACAUAUUUAAUGCAUGCAUUGUGUGGUCACAGGAGGCAUGCAAGAGAAGUGGUCAAGAUCCAAUGAAUAUGACACAUUUACGAGCUCAACUCAGGGAUUGUAUUUAUCAGAUUCGCUUCACUUCGAUGACAAGACAAGAGUUGGCUGCUUGUAUUAAUUCUUACCCAAAUUUAUUUACUGCAAUUGAACUUCAUGAAAUCAUCUGUAUGUGUGGUCGGCACACACAAUUCAAUCCAAAAAAAUUUAAUUGGACAACGAGGAAAACAUGGGACGAUUCUCUUCUGGAAACCGAUGAAAAAUUGCAAAUUCAACGUGCACAGCAAUUUGAAUGCAAUCGAAUCAAGUAUGUGGAUAAUUAUGUAGAGAAAUUCAAAGGAUUCGUCAAAAGAUUUCAUGGAUGGGGAUGUAACACAAAUGAUGGUCGCCAAAUUUGUAAAACCGAAAGAACUACAUUCAGUGUCAAUAAUUUUAUUUAUUUAAAUGGUUUUAAUUGUAAUUGUAAUGCUAAUGUUGAACCCCGAUUAUUACCAGCCAUUAUAAAGAUUAUUCACAUAAAAAACGAUACCGGCAUUGAAGUACAUAGUCAACAAGUCACACUACAUUUUUCAAUUCAAAAACAAGACUACCGAUUUUCAUCGUAUGAUGCAUACGUAACAUUGAAUAAAUCUAUUCAUAUUUAUCCCUUGUGUACAUAUAUAAUCGACAUUGUAUUCGAAACCGAACCUACUUUUGAUGGCCAACGACUUACUAUCGACAACCAAUUCACAAAUUUAGUUAUUGUUCCAAAUAACAAACCAAAUAUUCCCGGCACUGAAUUCAUAUUUUCCAAUGAUCUUGGAAUUAUAUCUUCGCUCACAUUCAAAACUGGACAUUAACAGAGUCCAAAGAGAAAUUUUGUUUUUCAAUUA